AUGACAAUGCAGGUCGAGGUGAUCAUAUUGGCACUGUCAUUCGCGCUGUGUGGCACCUUCCCGUGGCACCAGACGCCCUCGGGUCAAGAGGCUCGUCCCCGCGCUGACCCUUGCCCUUCUGCUGACCUUAUCGCGCCUUGCGAGUGCUGGGAGGAGGAGGAGUUACCCGGGGUUGCGUCCUUGAUGUGCGAGGGUGGACGGCGCUCAUGCCCUCGAUACGGUCUUUCUUCAAGAUUUCCCUAACCCCAAUCUGAUGAGUCUCACUGUGGCUCGUUCGAACCUUGGGCAUCUUCCUCAGGAUAUUUUCCACGGAAAGACCUUCCAGUCCGUUCGGCUGACGGGGGGCGGCGUCUCCUCCUUGGCGCCGGCUGCUCUUGACAACUCGCGCGAAACUCUUACUCAGUUCUUCGUCAACGACAAUCAGCUGACGAAUUUCUCGCUGCAGGAUCUCCACCUUUUCCCGCAUGUGAAUGCGCUGUAUCUGAGCAACAACCAACUGCUGAGCAUCGACGCCCUCGUGGGGAUGCCCGAGCAGGCGACUCUCUCCGCCUUCUUCGUGUCUCAGAAUUACCUCACGAGUCUUCACCCCGACGUCUUCAAGUCAGUCCCCGGCAUCGGCUCCCUUCGCCUCGACAACAACAGGCUGACUCACCUCUCGCCCAGACUCUUCUACCCUUUGUAUCAGCUUCAGGUCCUCACUCUCUACGAUAACACACUUCUGCAACUGGGAACUGGUGACCUCUGGUUCUCGACCCCGAUACUACGAAGCCUUGACCUCCGGAACAACGGCCCGGGGCUCCUCUGGGAAGCGGACGUCUUCAGAGGAGUCGGCUUCGACACGAAGGUAGAUCUCGCCAACAACAGAUUUCACAAGCUGGAAUAUGACGUCUUUGGCCCUGUCUUAAAGAAUGUGUCUACCUUCUUCGGCUUCGUUAGUUUCGUGGGCAAUUACUUAACCUGCGACUGCUCUGUCCUGUGGCUUGUCAUGGACGAAGCCUUGCAGAGACACGCCUACUCUGCCACAUGCAAGAAUUUCACGUACGUUGACGACCUUGACCGCGAUGCAAUGGUGCGGAAUGCGCACGGGCCCGAUGGUGCGUGGGAAGGGAUGGUGGGGAUAGUGAGAAUGGUGAGGAUAAUGAUUUGUAGGAUGAUUUGUGAAGUUUAAGGUGUUGAAUAAAGGGGUAUGUUUAA